CAGACGCCACCCACUAGGCUCAGAGUUCCCGCUCUCCCUCUCCUCUCCUUGUCUUCCCUUUUCUCCUUCUCUUUCCUUUUCCUUCUUUUUCCCCUCCCCUCUUUUCUCCCCUCCUCUCCUUCUCUUCUCCCUCUAUUCCCUGUCUUUUUCUCCUCUCCUCUCACCCUCAUUUCGGUUGCAGUCUCUUACCCUUAUUCUUCUAUCCUUAAACCGCCUCCCCCCCCCACUUCUUCCCCUGGGAAAUCUUCCCUCCCACCCUUCCACCGUUCCCAAGACAACCUGCAGCCAAUGAGGAGCCGGAAAAGGAGGUGCAGCCGCUGUUCUGAGCCUUCACUCCCCAAUCCAACACCCCCCCCCCCAAUUCUCCCCCCUCCCCAACUCCACUGGCUGGCCCUGCUGCACAUAAGAGGCGUGCUUCGGGGCGGGCGCCGAACGUUGUGAGGGAGUCAGAGGAUCGCUAGGAGGUAGAGUGAAGGCGGGAGGAGACUGAGCCGAACCAAGCUAAACUGAAGCUGAGCAGAGCUGAGCAAAGAGGAGCUGAGCAGAGCGGAGCUGACAGGAGACGCACUAGCCAUAAAGCCGCCCUCACUAGACACGAGACCAGACGAGUCAGAGCCCGAGCAGACAAGAUGUGUGGAAUCUUUGCCUAUAUGAACUACAGAGUACCCCGAACAAGAAAGGAGAUUUUUGAAACUUUGAUAAAGGGUCUUCAGAGGCUGGAGUACAGAGGAUAUGAUUCUGCAGGUGUGGCAAUUGAUGGAAAUAAUAAUGAAGACAAAGAAAGACACAUCAAACUAGUUAAGAAAAGAGGAAAGGUCAAGGCCCUUGAUGAGGAACUUUAUAAACAAGAUGGAAUGGACUUGAAGGUAGAAUUUGAAACACACUUUGGCAUUGCUCACACUCGCUGGGCCACUCAUGGAGUCCCCAAUGCUGUGAACAGUCAUCCUCAGAGAUCAGACAAAACUAAUGAAUUUGUUGUUAUACAUAAUGGAAUCAUCACAAAUUAUAAAGACCUAAGGAAAUUCCUGGAAACCAAAGGUUAUGAGUUUGAGUCUGAAACUGAUACAGAAACAAUUGCAAAACUGAUUAAAUAUGUGUAUGAUAACAGAGAAAGUGAAGAUAUCAGAUUCUCAACCUUGGUAGAAAGAGUCAUCCAGCAAUUGGAAGGAGCUUUUGCGUUGGUUUUCAAGAGCAUCCAUUAUCCAGGAGAAGCUGUCACUACCAGGAGAGGGAGCCCACUGCUCAUUGGAGUUCGUAGUAAAUAUAAACUUUCCACCGAACAGAUCCCCAUAUUAUAUAGGACAUGCAAUAUUGAGAAUGUGAAGAAUAUAUGUAAAACCAGGAUGAAGAGACUUGAUAGCUCAACCUGUCUUCAUGCUGUUGGGGAUAAAGCAGUAGAGUUUUUCUUUGCCUCUGAUGCAAGUGCUAUUAUUGAACAUACCAACAGAGUAAUUUUCCUUGAAGAUGAUGACAUUGCAGCAGUGGCUGAUGGGAAACUCUCUAUUCAUCGAGUGAAACGUUCAGCUAGCGAUGAUCCAUCUCGAGCCAUCCAGACUUUACAGAUGGAAUUGCAGCAAAUUAUGAAAGGUAACUUCAGUGCCUUUAUGCAGAAGGAAAUCUUUGAGCAGCCAGAAUCUGUUUUUAAUACCAUGAGGGGCCGAGUGAAUUUUGAGACAAACACAGUUUUGUUAGGUGGUUUGAAAGAUCACUUAAAAGAAAUAAGAAGAUGCAGACGUCUGAUCAUCAUUGGCUGUGGAACUAGUUAUCAUGCUGCAGUUGCUACACGGCAGGUGCUAGAAGAACUGACAGAGUUACCUGUGAUGGUUGAACUUGCUAGUGACUUUCUGGACAGAAAUACGCCUGUUUUCAGGGAUGAUGUUUGCUUUUUUAUAAGCCAGUCGGGAGAAACAGCUGAUACAAUUAUGGCUUUGCGAUAUUGUAAGGAUCGCCGAGCUCUAACCGUUGGCAUUACAAACACAGUGGGGAGUUCCAUAUCCAGAGAGACUGACUGUGGUGUACAUAUCAAUGCAGGGCCUGAGAUUGGUGUUGCAAGCACAAAGGCUUACACCAGUCAGUUCAUCUCCUUAGUAAUGUUUGGCCUGAUGAUGUCUGAAGACCGGAUUUCAUUACAAAGCAGGAGACAAGAAAUCAUCAAUGGACUAAGAUGUUUACCUGAAAUGAUUAAAGAAGUUUUGUCUUUGGAUGAGAAGAUCCAUGACUUGGCCCUGGAACUUUAUAAGCAACGAUCACUUUUGGUGAUGGGCCGUGGAUAUAACUAUGCUACUUGUCUGGAAGGAGCUUUGAAAAUCAAAGAGAUCACAUAUAUGCACUCAGAAGGCAUCUUAGCAGGAGAACUGAAACAUGGACCCUUAGCCCUAAUAGAUAAGCACAUGCCAGUUAUCAUGGUCAUCAUGAAAGAUCCUUGCUUCACUAAAUGUCAGAAUGCCUUGCAGCAGGUCACUGCUCGCCAGGGUCGACCAAUUAUAUUGUGUUCAAAGGAUGAUACUGAGAGCUCAAAGUAUGCAUAUAAAACCAUUGAACUGCCACAUACAGUUGAUUGUCUCCAAGGAGUCUUGAGUGUUAUUCCUUUACAGCUCCUUUCAUUCCACCUGGCUGUUCUCAGAGGAUAUGAUGUGGACUUUCCUAGAAACCUGGCUAAAUCUGUAACCGUGGAAUGAGAACAUGAGAUUUGGGGGAUAUACAUACGUCACCCAAGUAUUGCAAAGCUCUCCAAACUCUGUUUGUAGGUUACAUGCCUGUCAAUAGAAUGAGAAAAUAAACUGGAAAGAGAAUAUGUCCUAGAGUACAAUGUUUAAUUGCAGCUUUAAGAGCUCUCGAUGUGCCUUGUACCCAAGUGCUUUUGCUUGUAGCAAAUACUGUUUCUAGAUGUCCUGGAAUUGCCAAAGGAGAAGGAAAAUCAUUGUUUACAUAUGGUAUACAGGAUGAACUUUUCUACUACUGUGCAAUAUAUAUAUAUAUAUAUAUAUAUGUAUGUAUGUAUACAGCUCUCUUCAGAGUAACUGUGAACAUUUUUUUAGCCAACACUUUAGUUUUAAAAGACAAAGUAUUUAUAUCUACAAUUGUAUAGCUUCUAAGUUAUUUUUUUAGUAUCUUGCUUGUCCAUAGCAGUGGUAUUGCCCAGCCUGUAAAUCCUAAAUGUGCACCAGGUAUUUGUUUGUUUGUGAGCACGAUCCACUAAGGUGUAAUUCACAACAUAGCUUUGAAUGGAAAAGUGUCACUUUGCUUCCCUUCUUCCUUGACCUAGAUCUCUAACACUUCUCACACCAUUGCAAAGCUCCUGUAUCUUUUAGUCAUUCUUUGGCAAUUUCCCUCCCACCUAUUGCUGAAUUUCCUCAAAUUCUCAAACUUCAAUCUUACCUAACAAUAGUUCUCCCAAAAUCAAAGCAAUGUUUUGGUUCAUUAAAACUGUUUGAAAUGGACUUCGUUAGAAUAAUUUCAAGUGGGCUACCUUGCUCUCUAUUUAUAAGAGUGUACAAUUAAGUUACUAUGCAAUCAAAAUAAAGAUAUUGCCAUUUUUUUUCUUGUA